GUAUGAAGUCACAUGUGUCUAGAUAGACUGCUGAACUGUAUCUUACAGUUGACAACACUGAGUUGACUGAUCGGUGUGUGGAAAGUGCUAGAAAAGAAAAGCAACCUGUGGACACUGUCCGUUAUAUUUACUCUAGUGGCCUCUUGUUGUUCGUCGACUUCCUCAGACUGAUCAUGCUCUGUCUAAAGCAUGUAGGAGCGAUCAGCGCUGGUAUUUCGCUCAUUAGACAAGCCGGGAAACUGGACAACGGAAAUGGACGCUUGUUCCGAAAAAGCUUGAUUCGGCUGAUGCGCACGAGCGCAGCACUCGCUCAACACCCACGUCAUCAGCACGUGAUCCUGGACACGGAGACAGAGAUGGACGGUAAGGGUGCAGGGACAGGCCUGGAGGACCUCCUGUUUUACACGAUUACUCAAGGAGAGGAGAAAAUCUCCGUGGGACACUUCAUCAGUGAACUGGAGCGCACAGGAUUACUGACUUCUGACCCUCGACUGAGGGACUGCAUGCAGCAGCUCCAUCAUGCAAUGCAUGUGUCUACUGGGACAGCAAUGAUGGACCAAGAGCUCUUUAGGAAAUGUGCUGGGAGCAAUAUUGUCUUGCUCACUCAAGCCUUCCAGAAGAAGUUCAUCAUCCCAGAUUUCAUGACAUUUGCAUCCAAUAUAAACCAACUGUACUAUAAUGCACAAACUGAGCAAGGCGGCCAAGUAGCCAACUACAUUCCUCAACUUGCUAAAUUUAGCCCUGAUCUUUGGGGUGUGUCUUUGUGCACUGUUGAUGGUCAGAGGCACUCUGUAGGAGACACAAGGGAACCGUUCUGUUUGCAGUCGUGCAUAAAGCCGCUUGAGUACGCUAUGGCCGUCAAUGAAUUUGGGACUGAGCAUGUGCAUACAUAUGUGGGAAAAGAGCCCAGUGGCGUCAAAUUUAACAAAUUAAGUCUAAAUGAGGACGAAAAGCCUCAUAACCCAAUGGUUAAUGCAGGGGCCAUAGUGAUCAGCUCACUUAUAAAGCCUGGCUUCAGGAAGGCAGACAAAUUUGAUUACAUGAUGGAAUAUAUGAAGAGAAUGGCAGGUGGAGAGUAUGUAGGUUUCAGUAAUGCCACGUUUCAGUCCGAAAAAGAGACGGGAGAUAGAAACUUUGCAAUCAGUUAUUAUCUAAAGGAGAAAAAAUGUUUCCCUAACAGUUCAGACAUGGUAUCAGCUCUCGAUUUCUACUUUCAGCUGUGUUCCAUCGAGGUUACUUGCGAGUCAGGGAGUGUCAUGGCCGCCACUCUAGCUAACGGAGGAAUCUGUCCAAUCACAGGCGAGCGUGUACUGAGUGCAGAGGCUGUGAGAAACACUCUCUGUCUCAUGCACUCCUGUGGCAUGAACGACUUCUCGGGCCAGUUUGCUUUCCAUGUGGGCUUGCCGGCUAAGUCAGGAGUGUCUGGUGCUGUGCUUUUGGUCGUUCCUAAUGUCAUGGGAGUGAUGUGCUGGUCCCCACCGAUUGAUCGUGUGGGUAACAGUGUACGAAGCGUGCACUUCUGUCAGGAGCUGGUUUCUCUUUUUAACUUCCAUAAUUAUGACAACCUAAGACAUUUUGCCAAGAAACUGGAUCCUCGCAGGCAGUCUGGCCAUGAGAGGAACAAGGCUGUAAUUGAGCUGAUGUUUGCAGCAUACAGUGGAGAUGUGUCAGCACUCAGGAGGUUUGCUCUGUCAGCAGUGGAUAUGGAGUUGAGGGAUUAUGAUUCUCGGUCAGCUCUGCAUAUAGCUGCAGCUGAAGGUCACCUGGAAGCUGUUAAGUUCUUAACAGGGACCUGCAGAGUGAAUCCUCAUGUUAAGGACAGGUGGGGAAACACACCACUGGAUGAUGCUAUACAGUUCGGACAGGACAGCGUGGUUGAAGUGUUAAAGGAAUAUCAUUGUAUUUACUCCCACACCCUGAUGCCUGAGGAGAUCAGUACACAAGCCCACAGUGAGACAGCCCUGGAUGCAGAUGAUCUGGGGAAUGUGGAGGCUCUGGAGAGGUUUGUUUGAUAGAGGACACCAGUGUUUUAAUGAAAAUGCAUUCCUGAGAGGAAUAUAGUAAGAUGAUACAUUAGGAGUAUGCCAUUUAGAUGAAAGGUUUUAGAACAGGUGUGCUGUUGAUACUGAUGUACUGUUUAGUCUCAGGAGUCUAGAUCAAUGCAGAUGAACACAGCUAUUAAUCAAGGCAUUAGGCUACAUCUGUAAGUCGUGUGGAAUCCUUAGUAUUUUCCUCUGUUCCAAUAGUCAACAGGCCUGAGUAAUGUUAUAAGACACCAGGAAAUGGUUAGAACAUUGCAUAGGUGUGAUGGGAGUAAUACAGUGGCCCUCAAAUCUUUGGAACUAUUCACACAUUUGAAAGCAAACGUCAACAGAAUUGCUUUGCUACUGUAAAUAUUCAGCUUCUUAAAGGUUUGAUUUCAACGAUAAACAUUUUAGCACUUAAUUUAAAGUAAAACAUCUGCCAUAAAUCCAUAAUGUAACUCUUUACAUAUGAUAUGUACACUAACGUGCUUUCAAAGCAUGCAGGGUUUGUACAUUUGUUUGUAAAUACAUAUGUGCAUAUUUUUGUGUAUAUUUAGUAAUACAGCAAGGUUGUAAUUAUAUUUGAAAAAUAUAUAUUCCCUCGUAUUUAUUACCUAAAGCACUGUAUGUAGGGUGUUAAGAAUCUCAGCGAAGAACAUGCUGUUUGACUUGACAUUUUGACUCUUCUUCUCUUCUAUUCUCUUCGUGAAUUCUUAACAGUGCUGCAUUGUUUGUACCUGACUAUUAUACAUUCAGCAUCAUGAAAGUGAUUGAUUUAUUAUCAUCUGAAUGCUUAAAAAAUAUAAAAUCACAUUCUGAUUGACCGAACCAUUUGAAGGCAAAAGUUUCUACUCUUUACAGUAACAAGAAGUAAUCGAGUUUUUGUUGUAAUGCAUGUAUUUUGCUGUCGCCCAAACGAAAUAUAAAAUAAAGAUAAGUUACUGCUAAA